GCCCCGAGGUCCUCGCGUCGGGGCGCCGGUGCAGCUGACGCCAUAUCCGACUGCGGGGCUGGGCAGCUGCCUGGUGGCCACGCGAUCGAGCUCGGUGCCCUCGGCCAGGAAGCCGGAAGGCGUGGAACUGAAGCAGGCUGCAUUCCGGCCGAGCAUUGCAGCAGCGCUGCUGCAACGGCCAGUUCAGGAGUGGCAGGAGGAGGAGGUGAUCCGAUGGCUUCUUGAAGUCAGCCUGGCUCCCAAGGAGCUGGCGCAGGUCAUCCGGGAGCAGGCGAUCACGGGGAACGUGCUGCUCACGCUCACCGAGAAGGACUUCGAAGAAUUGGAGAUUCCCAAGUUCGGGCAUCGACGCCUCUUGAUGAUGGCGGCCACAGAGCUGCGGGCCGUGGUGGCCCACACCCGAAGCAAG